UGGAGGAGAAGGGGGCCAGCAGGGCUUCAGGAAUUCAGCCUCCGGCUGGGGGUUGUCACCGAGGGGGAAUUUCUCCUCUUUGAAAGGACUGGGGACCCCUCCACCCCACCCCUUUCACUGCACUUCUUAAAGGGAUCACACCGUUUUUCCUUUGACUCCAUGGAAGCCAGGUUUGGGACACUCCGUGGACACUUUGAACCUCUCCUUCCCACUUCCUUCCCAGCUGGCAGCCUUCCUCUGGCUGAGUGAGUGGGGGCCUCCCAGGCAUGGCACUGACCAGCCGACCCAGUGCUGACUUGGCUCCUGGGUUCCUUCAGCCUCGGGUGGCAUCUUGCUUACCCCCUCCAGUCCGGGGCGGGGGGGGCCCGCCUUGAGCUGCUUGGAGAGAGUCGCUGGCACCACCACCCCCUAUUGCCCUCUCCCCCGAAGCUGGAGGACGGUGAGGUGGUCAGGGGCUACGAUGAGAUGAGCGGGGGCCGCUUUGACUUUGAUGAUGGCGGGGCGUACUGCGGGGGCUGGGAGGGGGGAAAGGCCCACGGGCACGGACUGUGCACGGGCCCCAAGGGCCAGGGCGAAUACUCGGGCUCCUGGAACUUUGGCUUUGAAGUGGCGGGUGUGUAUACCUGGCCCAGCGGAAACACCUUCGAGGGAUACUGGAGCCAGGGCAAGCGGCAUGGGCUGGGCAUAGAGACCAAGGGACGCUGGCUGUACAAGGGCGAGUGGACGCACGGCUUCAAGGGACGCUACGGAACCCGGCAGAGCAGCAGCAGCGGUGCCAAGUAUGAGGGCACUUGGAACAAUGGCCUGCAGGACGGCUACGGCACAGAGACCUAUGCAGAUGGAGGGACGUACCAAGGCCAGUUCACCAACGGCAUGCGCCAUGGCUACGGCGUGCGCCAGAGCGUGCCCUACGGGAUGGCCGUGGUGGUGCGUUCGCCGCUGCGCACGUCGCUCUCGUCCCUGCGCAGCGAGCACAGCAAUGGCACGGUGGCCCCGGACUCACCCGCCUCGCCGGCCGCCGACGGCCCCACGCUGCCCGCGCCCGCCAUCCCGCGCGGUGGCUUCGCGCUCAGCCUCCUGGCCAACGCCGAGGCGGCGGCGGCACGGGCGGCCAAGGGCGGCGGCCUGUUCCAGAGGGGCGCGCUGCUCGGGAAGCUGCGCCGCGCCGAGUCGCGCGCGUCCCUGGGCAGCCAGCGCAGCCGCGUCAGCUUCCUCAAGAGCGACCUCAGCUCGGGCGCCAGCGACGCCGCGUCCACCGCCAGCCUGGGCGAGGGCGCCGACGAGGCCGCGCCCUUCGAGGCCGACAUCGACGCCACCACCACAGAGACCUACAUGGGCGAGUGGAAGAACGACAAGCGCUCGGGCUUCGGCGUGAGCGAGCGCUCCAGCGGCCUCCGCUACGAGGGCGAGUGGCUGGACAACCUGCGCCACGGCUACGGCUGCACCACGCUGCCCGACGGCCACCGCGAGGAGGGCAAGUACCGCCACAACGUGCUGGUCAAGGGCACCAAGCGCCGCGUGCUGCCGCUCAAGAGCAGCAAGGUCCGCCAGAAGGUGGAGCACAGCGUGGAGGGCGCCCAGCGCGCCGCCGCCAUCGCGCGCCAGAAGGCCGAGAUCGCCGCCUCCAGGACAAGUCACGCCAAGGCCAAAGCUGAGGCAGCAGAACAGGCUGCCCUGGCUGCCAACCAAGAGUCCAACAUUGCCCGCACUUUGGCCAGGGAACUGGCUCCAGACUUCUACCAGCCAGGUCCGGAGUAUCAGAAGCGUCGGCUGCUCCAGGAGAUCCUGGAGAACUCGGAGAGCCUGCUGGAUUCCCCCCACCGGGGCCCUGGCGCCGCAGGCCUCUCGGAGCGGCCCCGCGAGAGCCCGGAGCUGCACGAGCGCGAGACCCCUGCGCCCGAGGGUGGUCCCCGGUCGCCGGCCGGGACGCCCCCUCAGCCCAAGCGGCCUCGGCCGACCGCGGCGUCCAAGGACGGCCUGCUGAGCUCGGGCGCCUGGAACGGCGAGCCCGGCGGCGAGGGCAGCCGGCCGGUCACGCCGUCCGAGGCCGCCGGCCGCCGCAGCCCCGCGCGUCCCGCCAGCGAGCGCAUGGCCAUCGAGGCGCUGCAGGCGCCGCCCGCGCGGUCGCAGGAGCCCGAGGUGGCGCUCUACCAGGGCUACCACAGCUACGCCGUGCGCACCGCGCCACCCGCGCCGCCGCCCUUCGAGGAAGAGCCCGAGCCCGAGGUCCCCGCGGCCGACUCGGCGCCCCCGUCCCCGGCCGCCCCCGGCACGGCGGCCCCGCUCCGAGGCUCCGCGCCCGAGAGCCCCGCCAAGCUGGAACCCAAGCCCAUCGUCCCCAAGGCCGAGCCCAAGGCCAAGGCCCGCAAGACGGAGGCCCGGCUGACCAAGGCCGGGGCCAAGAAGAAGGCUCGGAAGGAGGCGGCGACGGCGGCGGAGGUGGAGGUGGAGGAGGUCCCCAACACCGUCCUCAUCUGCAUGGUGAUCCUGCUUAACAUUGGCCUGGCCAUCCUCUUCGUUCACCUCCUGACCUGACCUCAUCUACCAGAGCCAGGAGUUCCUGCUGAGGACGCGUGGGCCCAUCUUUUUGCAGUGCCAGGCAGGGCAGCCGAGGAGGACUGGACUCUGGCCCUGGAUGCCGGGGGUCCAGCUCGCAUCCACAGCACAAACAUUUAAGGAGGUUUCCCGUGGCGCCCAUGCCCCAACGCAGGUGGCGCCCAGAGGAAGAGAAAGGGCUGGGCACCCUCCGGGAGCUCUCUGCCCAGCGGCAGGGAAAGCCCUGAAGGCAGAGCCCUGGUCUUGAUCACCCUGAUCUGCUCCUUCCCCCAUCCUCAACCACUCCCUCGCCUUACCCCGGGCUUUUCUGUGUUUUGGGAGAAGUCACCAAACCAGGAUGUUAAAUCCCAGUCCCCUUCUUUCUA